AUGGUUGGAGGAAGGAAGAAUGUAGACAUGUCAUCCGCACAAAAUUUCCAUGUUUUGUACCCAGAUUGGAUCCAUAACCUGGUUGAUGGAGACAUACACAUCAAUGUUGAGGAUGAAGGUGACGCUAAAAUUGCGAAGAAGCUAGCCAUUGUUGGACUUUGGUGCAUUCGGUGGCAGCCA